UGUUAGUCUGUCGUUGUUCCGGAUGUUGAUAUACGACAAAACGAAAGUGUGAUGUCAAAGCAAAUUGGCAUAUUUGAAAGGAUUUUUAAGAACCUCCGUAUUUCACUUCAUGCUCCGAGACAGCCGGUUAAAUUAGUUGGGACGGACCAUUUAGGAAAUAAAUACUACGAAAAGGAUACAAUUCCAGGUACAGGACUCCGACCUAGCCGAUGGGUUGAGCCACUCGAUCCUGACCAGUUCAGAGUACCCGAAGUUCCUACAGAAUGGAAUUCUUGGUUGAACAGAAGACGAGCCGAUCCUCCUUCUCAAGAGGAAAUAGAUAUGAAUUAUGCUAUCAUGAUGAGAACAAUUGAAAGAGCGAAACAGUUGGAAGAAAAGGCCAAAUUGGAGAGUACCACAUCUGACUUACCUUCACCUGAUUACACUGCCAAGGUGAAUCCAGAAUCUCAGAAAACUCGGUUUCCUACAUAUAAAGAAUAUGAAAUCGUACCUGGUUUGUCCCAAGAAGAAAAGCCAAAAUAAUGUUACUUUAUACAUAACUGAUAUACAUUUGUAUUGACUGAAUUGGAGAUGGAGUAGGGUAAUUUAAGAUUGUGCUGCACACAAUCUUUGUGCAUUUUGUAUUGUGUAAUGAAAUUUUAGAUGUUUAUACAAUGAUACAAUAUUAAAGACUCAGGCUUUAUAGACUUUUGUGGAUUUUUGUCUCGAUUUAUUAAUCUUAUUGGGUUAUUCUUUUACGAUGUAAUUUUUUAUAGAUGUGUUAAUAAAGUAUGCUAUAGUUUCUAGUGUGUUAAUUGAACAUUACCCCUUUAUUCUGUUCAGAGUGAUAUUAAGAUAAGCUGUUUGUAGGAGAUUGGAGGUAUAAAGUCAAAAUAUAUUAUAAUUUUGCUAAAUGUUUAUCACAAUAAUUCCUGUUAACAAUACUGUUUUUAAAUUGCAUUUAUUUGAGUAUUUGCACUGCAUUCUAGAGGCAUUGUUUAUUUUCUCUUUUUAAUAAAAUUUUAGAAAACAUAAAAAUCAAACGGCAACAAAAAAAUAAUCAUGGGAUAUCAAAAAGGCAGACUAUAUAUCGUUAACAAUACAUAAUGUACAUGUACUGUAAAUUUGGGUCUGUUAAACAUUUCAUUUCAGUUUGAGCACUAAUAAUUUAGCGUUUCUUCAAAUUGUUUUAAUUACAGACAAAACUAUUGUGAAUCUCAACUUUAGUAUCUAUGAAAGUCUAAAUGCAUUUUGUAUUUUCCCCAAGUAUACUAGAUCGUUUGUCAAAAUUACUGAAUGAACAAAAUUUCAGAAUAAUUUAUAUUUGAUUAAACAUGUACAUCUUGUUUGCAAGUAAAUCUGAUGAUAAAUGUGUGUGCUUUAGAGUGUGUUUGAAGAGAAAUAGUUUUGUAACGAAUAAAUGUGAUCACCAUUUUA